AUGACCUCGUCAUUGUCGAGUUCCCCGUCCUCGGACCACGAAUCUUCGUCGAAUCGUAAACAUGACCCGUCUUUGAAACAAGACAACAAUGCCGAUCUCGCGUGGUCUGAAAGCACAAUAAGAGUUAAUGCCGGAGAGGCUGCCGGGUUAGAUGGGCUCAAUGAGAAUUCUCCUCUCCUCUCUCCCACCGGGGCCGAACAUGACUUUCUACAAGGGGAACAGUCGAGACAAGUAGAAGAGGAUAAGUUCCAGAAGACUAAGAGUAUCUGGUACCUUUUACUCUUAACCCUCAGCCUCGGAGGAUUGCAGGUUGCCUGGGCAGUGGAGUUAUCCAAUGGCACCCCGUAUCUCUUGUCUCUUGGUCUGAGCAAGUCUCUUAUGGCUCUUGUGUGGGUUGCCGGUCCGCUCACGGGGACUCUAGUCCAGCCAUACAUCGGUAUGCUCAGCGACAACUGCAGAGUAUCUUGGGGGAAACGAAAGCCUUUUAUGCUAGGUGGCGCUGCUGCCACGUCACUAGCUUACAUGUUUCUUGCUUGGAUUAGGGAGAUCAUCGGAGGACUCUUGAGCAUAUUCGGUGCCGAUCCGGAGUCCCACGGUGUGAAGGUCACCAUCAUCGUGGUCGCCGUCAUUUGGAUUUAUGUACUCGACAUUGCUGUCAAUACGGUACAAGCAUCUAUUCGGGCUUUUAUCGUCGAUUGCGCUCCAUCCCAUCAACAGGAAGCCGCAAACUCUAUGGCCAGUAGGAUGGUUGGCAUUGGUAACAUUAUUGGUUAUAUUGCUGGUGGCAUUAAUCUCCCAAAAUACGUCUGGUUCUUCGGAGGCAGUCAAUUCAAGGACCUGUGCGCGAUAGCGAGCAUUUUCCUCUGCUCCACAAUAUUGUUGAGCACAGCACUCAUCCCCGAGCGGAAUCCUCAGCUCAGCGGACGUCCCGCAACCAAACAGCCUGGCCUGAUAUCAUUUUUUGUAAAGAUCUUCGCCGCUAUUAAGAGACUCCCCCCGCAAAUAGCUAAAGUCUGCAUCGUGCAGAUUGCUGCAUGGGUUGGAUUCUUCCCCAUGCUCUUCUAUACAUCGUCCUAUAUCGGCGAAAUCUAUGUUCAACCCUACUUAGAAGCGAAUCCCCACAUGACUCCAGAAGAGUUGGACGAGCUCUACGAGAGGGCCACCCGGGUGGGGACUUUCGCUCUGUUAAUAUUUUCCAUCACAAGCUUAGCAACCAACGUCCUGUUACCAUUCUUCAUCGAUCCGACCUAUGACAAUAGCCCUGCUGUCAGUAAUACACAUGGAGACCUUUCGGACGGAAAGAGUUUUCUAGAUCGCUUAGUCAUCCCCGGGUUUACUCUGCGGAGAGCAUGGUUGUUAUCCGAGCUCCUUUUUGCUGGGGCAAUGUUCUGCGCUGUCCUUGUUCGAUCGGUUGAGGCUGCGACUUUCCUCAUUGGCCUCAUUGGUAUUACGUGGGCUUUAGCGCUAUGGGCUCCAUGGGCCAUUAUCAGUGCUGAAAUAAGCCGUUGUGAUAUACUGUAUAAGGCUCGGAAACAACAGUUGAGGUCUCUCGCACAUGACCGGGACCUAGAUUCCGCUGGUUCGGCCGACGGACACGAGGAAGAUUCGCGUUUGAAGGUCGACGAAGACGCACCAGACCAAGCUGGCGUUAUCCUCGGCAUCCACAACAUGGCUAUUGCCUCACCACAGUUUAUCGCUACUCUUGGCUCUAGCAUAAUCUUCCGAAUAUUUCAGAAACCAAGAGGUGUCCCCGGCGACCACAGUCUUGGUAUUGUUCUAGCUUGUGGCGGUUUCUUUGCCCUCAUUGCCGCAUACUUCAUACACAAAAUUAGCGACGCGGUGCCCGAUCCAGAACUUUCCAUGUACGCCGCGGAACAAGGUGAUCCAAUUAAUUCUCGGCCAGGCACAUCGCACAGUAAAAGGAGCAUUACUCAAUCCCGAGCCAGCCUGGAUCGAGCGACCGAAGCCAGAAGUGGCAGCUACAGUGCCGGGUUGGAAUACUGA